AUGUAAGUGAAAUGGAAAUAAACUAUUCAAAAUUUAUUUUUGAAUAUACUUAUUUCGUUUAAAUUAAAAGUGAAACAAAAGUAUAUGAGGUUUAUGGGUACAUAAAACGAAAGGAUAGGAAAAAGAAAAUACAUAUAUAUAGAUUAGGAGAAGUUUAUGAAUAAUUUUCAAUUUAGUGAUGGAAAAUAUAUAAUUUUUAAGGUAAAAAAACAGAAAUAUGGAUAGAGUUAAGCGAUACAUUUUGGGAUGACAAAUUUGUAGAUUUUCAUGGUUCAUAUUAAAAUAAUAAAAAAAAGGGGUAAUAGUUUUUUUUUUAUUUUUAAAAAGUGUAAAUAAAUGAUAUUAUAUUUUCAUUCGAGGAGGAUCUUAUUAAUUAAUCGAGAGAGAAUCAAGAGAAAUUGAGAUGAAGAUCGAAUUGCGCGAUGAAUUUAAAUUAGUUUCUCAAAUCACGUAUUAUGGCGAAUAUAAUAUGAAUGGAAAUAAAGUUGGGAGAGAGAAUACAUAAAAAAAAUGAAAGAUACUUAUUAAUUGCC